AUGAGUUGCUGCAAAGGAUGCGAUAUUGGACUAAUUGGUUUGGCGGUAAUGGGCCAAAACUUGGUGCUAAAUAUGCUUGAUCACGGCUUUAAAGUUUGUGUCCAUAAUCGUACUGUUGCCACCGUUGACAAAUUUAUUGAGCAAGAAAAAUCUCGCAAAAAUUUGUGCGGUGCAAAAUCUCUUGAGGAGUUUGUCGCCUGUCUGGCGAAACCUCGUAAAAUCAUGCUUCUUGUCAAAGCUGGCCAGGCAGUUGACGCAUUCAUCGAGAAAUUGGUUCCUCUUCUUGAGAGAGGUGACGUUAUCAUUGAUGGUGGAAAUUCAGAAUUUGAGGACACUAAUCGGCGUUGUGAUUAUCUUGAAUCAAAAGGCAUACUUUAUGUCGGCUCUGGCGUUAGUGGGGGCGAGGAAGGCGCUCGAAAUGGACCAAGUCUUAUGCCAGGAGGUAACCCCCUAGCAUGGCCUCUUAUCAAAGAUAUCUUCCAGUCAAUUUCUGCCAAAGCUCCCACGGGUGAACCCUGUUGUGAUUGGACUGGAACUGGCGGUGCUGGCCAUUUUGUUAAAAUGGUUCACAACGGCAUUGAAUAUGGCGAUAUGCAGUUGAUUUCUGAGGCCUACUCCCUUCUCUCAAAGUACCUAAACCUCUCCCCGGUAGAAAUUGCUCAAGUUUUUGAUGAGUGGAAUAAAGGAGAACUGGAGUCCUAUCUCAUUGAAAUCACUCGCGAUAUUUUGCGCUUUAAAGAUGACUCGGGUAGCUUCCUUCUUGACAAAAUUCGUGACGUUUCUGGUCAGGUAAAACUCAAACCAGGGUCAUACGCACACAAGUAUAGUAAGAUCUUUAAGGCUGAUGGAUGGGCUAGUUUCUUCCUACUCCUUGAUAGAAGUUCAUUUCUUUCGCGUUCUAAAAAGAAAGGGACUGGAAAGUGGUCAGUUAUCUCGGGCAUUGAACGGGGAAGUCCGAUCACUCUUAUUGCCGAGUCUGUCUUCUCGAGAAACCUUUCUGCAAUGAAAGAUGAGCGCAUGGAAGCUUCUAAAAUACUUACAGGUCCUACGAAUGCUCCAGAAGUUGAGAAAUACAAGAAGAUCUCUUUGGAAGGAAAGAAGAACGUGAUUGAACAAAUUCGACAGGCUCUCUAUGCAUCCAAGGUUGUAUCAUAUGCCCAAGGCUUCAUGCUGUUGCAAAAGGCUAGUAAUGACUUUGGUUGGGAACUGAAUUUGGGAUCGAUUGCUUUGACUUGGCGGGGUGGUUGCAUUAUCCGCAGCCGAUUCUUGCAAAAUAUAAACGCGGCCUACAAUCACAAUCCCAAACUCACCAACUUGCUUUUGGACUCCUUCUUUCACAAAGUUCUCACUGAUUGCCAGGCUGGUUGGCGAUCAGCUGUUUGUAUGAGUGUACUUGCGGGCAUUCCUGCACCUGGAUUUAGUUCUGCUUUGGCUUUCUAUGAUGCCUUCAGAUCUGCUCGUUUGCCGGCCAACUUAAUUCAGGCUCAACGCGAUUACUUUGGGGCACACAUGUACGAAAUAGAAGGUAAACCAGGCCAAUGGCAUCACACAGAUUGGUCUGGUACUGGUGGGAAUACAACAUCUUCUACCUAUCAAGUUUGA